GGAAAGCUGUCUGCCCGGGUUGCUGUCGCUGUGUUUGUAGGAAGUGUUGCUCAACCGUUUAUUGCUCACCAAAGCGAAAAUACCGGGUAAAGAAGCUUCUUUUUUACCGGCGACAGAGUGUGAGCCAUGGCUGGACCGGUCAGUCUGGAGUUGGACCCCAUCUUCCUGAAGGGUCUGAGUUACCUGCACUCCAAGAGUAAAGACUCUGCUGAGAAACUCAAAGCUUUACUCGAUGAGUCCCUCGCGAGAGGAAGUGACUCAUCUUACCGUUCAUUACAAAAAGACAUAGAGGUGUCCAAGGGGUCUGUGUCAAAACUGAGCUUAAGCAAACAGGACUCCAAGUCUUCCUCAAGUUCCUCAUCCUCCAGCAGCAGCAGCGGCAGUAGCAAAUCCAGCUCUGAAAAGAGCAAGAAAGAGGCAGAGAAGAGACCCUCUGAGAAGGUCAGGGUCGACUUGGGUGAGGCGGACCCUCCGAAAAAGCCUCGUUUGGAGAAACAGGAGAACCGCUCUUCUCCAAUCACCGUUCAGACGAGCAAAGACCUCCUGCCAAACAUAAACGACUACGAUGAGACCAAUGCCGAUGACUUUGCCAUGGAAAUGGGCCUGGCUUGUGUGGUUUGCAGACAAAUGACGGUGACCAUGGGGAACCAGUUGGUCGAGUGCCAGGAGUGCCAUAAUCUGUACCACCAGGACUGCCACAAGCCCCAAGUGACAGAUAAAGAAGUUAAUGAUCCACGGCUGGUGUGGUACUGUGCCCGCUGCACCAGGCAGAUGAAACGCAUGGCCCAGAAACCCCCACAGAAACCAUCCCCUGCGUCGGCAUCGUCAGCGCCUGUUGUAAAAGACACUCUGGUGAAGAAGACGGAGCUUAAAGCCAAGCCUGACACAACCAGCACCUUCCAGGCCUUCAAACGAGCAGAAGUGAAGGCAUCCACAACAUCCGCCAACCCCACCAGCAGCAGCUCGUCCUCCGCAGGCAGUGGUCUCACAGGCUGGGCUGCGUUUGGCGCCAAGACGAGCCCGUCUCUUCCUGCCAGCUCCAAACUAGGUUCCUCGGGCGCAAGUGGGAGCCACAAGACCUUGACGGCUCCUUCUGGCCAGAAACCCGUCGGCCUGUCUGGGCUCGCGGGAGCCAAGUCGGGCCUUGGCGGCGCAAAGAUACCUGGGAGCGGCAACGGGAACGGCUCGAGCCAGGCGCCGCUGAAGCCUCCUCCGCCACUGACUCUGGGCAAGCAGCCGCUGAACCGUUCAUCGAGCAGCGAGACCCAAGGGAAAGGGUCUGCCUCGUCGGGGGCCGGCUCACCGGGAGGCUCCCAGGCGGGUGCGGGAGGGAACGGAGGCGGUAACGGAGGAGGUAAUGGGAACAACGGCAACGGGUCAAAGGCUGCACCGGGGGACAAAGCGCCAACAUCCCAAGAGUCCCAGCUUAACGCCAUGAAGCGGUUACAACUGGUGAAGAAGAAAGCAGCACAGAAGAAACUGAAGAAAUGAGUAGAGAGAAGUGAAGGCGGCGGGGGGGUGGAGGGGCGGAGGGAGUAGAAAAUUAACGCUCAACAUUGUGGAAAUAGUGCCAGAGCAUUGUGUUUGUAUUAAGAGCAUCUGUACAUGUUUAACACCAUCCAGUGAAAUACUUGAAUCUCUUUCUGUGUGAAUGCUGCUGGACUCUCGAAUCGAUCCACUGAAAACGUGUCUGUGACUUUUUAUCCACAAACGUCAUUAAAUCUCCUCUUCGUACAAACCGGCGGCAGCAGUGAGCGAAGCGUGUGGCGUCAUUAUAACCUGCAGGACACGUCGCGUGGAUUCAUGUUUAUUAAAGUAGAAAUGACGACACAUUUCAUUUACAUUCACAUUAAACAUAAACUUCAUGCAUGAAUCAGGUCACAUAUAAAAUUAACUUCAUGGAUAAAUCACUUCAUUAUCAAUAUAAACUCUACAACACUGAAGUACAAAAAGUGCUCAGCACAGUGCCCUGUAACCACGCCCCCCCACCCCCUUCAUUACUAUUCAUUAUAGAUUAUUGGUCCCCUUGGUGAGCUCUCUUCUUGUGAUCUUCUGAAGGCAACACAGAUUCAACACUAUUGGUACGAGACAUCUGAUCAAACCUGGUGAUACCUCGUGCAGUUCACAGAGCAGAGCAUGUCUGAGUGUCAGGACUGUUUCUGAGUAAGCAGAUUUGUUUAAAGCGCCCCAGGUUGGAAUAAAUAGAGGGCCUCUGUUUAUGCAUAAGACAUCCUGCCAAGGUAGUUGGCAGGCACGUAUCCCCUCUGUCCGUUAGACUCAGCUAACCACCAGUCCUUGUUGCCUCCCAGGUCAGAGAACUGGAGGAUGCGGACAUGCUGGUACUCCUGCAAGGUCAGCUCCUGGUCGCAGCGAGCUUGAAAUGCGUACACGGCAUAAAACUGUGGAAAGAGAAUCAGAUGUAGUCAGAUACUUUGUUCAUUUCUCUCUAUUUUCACCAUUAUUUUAAACCAAACAAUCGAUUAAUGGAGAAAUUAAUCAGCAGAUUAAUCCAUACUGAGAAUGAUAGAAUAAUAAUAGAAUAUUGUUAAAGCUCCACGUCAACAAACCACGACAGUAAAAGCUUGCUUUUACAUUAAUGCUCGAGUUAUAAUGAUGUAAUGAUAUAUGAUAGUAUAAUAGUCACAAGGGAAAUUUUUCAGCGAUAAGUACUUUUACUUGUAGUAUUUGUAGAACAUUUACCUGAUUGUACUACUUUUAGGGAGUAUUUUCAAUGCAGGGCUUUUUCCAUGUGUGGUAUGAGUACUUUAAAUUAAUGAAACAAUCUGAGUACUUCCUCCAAUACUGCAUUUAGAAACUUUUUUCUCUCCAAAUUAGUAAGUGGCAAAUGAACUGACACAAGGAAAUAGUGCAUCCCCCUGUGAAUCCAGCAGGUGGCGCUGUUCAUCAGCUUUCCACACGGACACAAUGUCACCACCGGUCUAAAUUUUCAUUGGUUGCAAUCGGCUGACCCUCGUCAACAUUUUCUAUUUUAAGACACCGUGUCAUGUUAUGAUGAAGACGUCGAGCACAGUGAGCGCGUGUCGGAGGCACCAUGUGAUGUCAUUCACUCCAUUUAGUUUCAAUGCAAGCCAGACAGAGAGACACCGUAAAGCUCUCAGGUGUGCUGCCACGGCCCUCAGCUCCUGCAGUCUAUACAGCUGCACAGCUCAGGUUUAUCGGCCUUCUAUAAUAACAGCCCUCAUAUUUUACAGGUGGAGCUGCAAACCCGGUUAAAGGUGCACGGCUCGCUCAGCUGUUAAGUUUAUGUGCUGUGUGAUUUGUUGUGUUUCAGUUUGGGCCCUUAUUUUUUCUAAAAUUCAGAUUUUUCUGUUUUUACAUGUUUUUAUCUUAUCGACCUCUUCAACCAAACUGAGCUGAACAGAGAUUUUCUCCCCCCUUCUCAUUAAGCAGCGCACACCUGCUGAGCCUCAGUGUCCAGAGUGUCCUCCAGGUCUUCGGGGCUCUCCGGCUCCCCCUGCAGUGCAGAGAGGAUUGAGCUGCUGUCGGUGGUGUUGAGGUUGAAGCUGCGCAGGCUGCUGCUGCCGCUGCCCGACACGAACAGGCUGAGGUCGUCAAAGUCCUCAUCGGCCAGGGGGGGCGGCUGCUGCUGCUGCUGCUGCUCUUUGACCAUCUGGCCUGCCCGCUGGGAGUCCCUCAGAGGGUUGUACUGCUUCAGGAAGGUGGAGUAGACGUAGCCCUGUGUUCCUAACAGCGGCACAAAGGGGCAGUUUGUCAGGAUGGCUGACCUCUGAGUGCAUUUUAAAUGUCUGGUUAAGGAUAAAAAUCAUUUUUCUUGUGUUAUUCAGCCAUGCAGAUACAUUUAUGUGGUCCAGGUUCUGACAUAUGCAUCUUAGAUUUCUGUCUCCAUUAUAAUAAAAUGGGGGUGUGAGUGUAAUGUUAAAAAUGUAAAAAAAAAAAAAAAAUCAACCCAGCAUCUGUUGUCUGUUCUCAGUGAGUCUGUGGAGUAACCAGGACAACGAAACCUGGGCUAAAAAACUCCUAACUGUAUUGUUUCGUGAUUUGGGCGAGCCGAUCCUUUAAAUGUCUUCCAGUGAGGUAACGACAGAACAAACUGUCCUCUAUCAGACAUUUUCCUGCUUCAUAAUAAAUAAACAUGCGUCAUUUCUGUAGGAUAAAUGCGUGUUUAAUAUGUGGGACUGCAUGUCUCACAUUAAGGCCGUCGUGAGCCAAAGCUUGAGCCUUUGCAGACAAUCGUAAAUGCAUGUGAGCGAAUGGAGGAAUGUGUAAAUAUGAGGCGAGCAUAUUCAUAGUGCUGAAAUCAACAGACGGAUGAACAACAACUUCCUGGGAAUGCUUGUAAUCCCAGAGGAAAAGACAAGUCUGUGAAGAAUGUACUGCGCACCAAGAAACAUACACACCCUCUGUGUU